AUGGUUGCAUUCCUGAAUUUGUUGCUUUUUCUAUUGACAUGCUGUGCAAGAGUGUAUGAAGAUUCGACUGUUCUUAGUCAGCAUGCUUCGGUUAAAAUUUUACAGGUCAAGGUUUUUAUACCGCAAUCGUCAUCUUUUUUGUUCAGUAUUCCUCGUGUGAGACCCGCCAUUGAGCUGGCAAAACAGAAAAUAGAAGCCGAAAAACGUCUUCCUGCGUGGAAUCUUGUGUUUUCCUAUAAGGAUUCUCAGUGUAGCAGUACGCUUGGUCCACUUCACGCAGUCACUGCCUUUGCCGAAAACAACGUCCACUUGUUUCUAGGGCCGGUAUGUGACUUUUCUUUGGCGCCCAUCGCUAGAUGGCUCAAAUAUUGGGACCUACCUUUGCUCUCUGUUGGUGGUCUUUCAAGUGGCUUUGGAAAGAACAAAUCCCACCCAAAGAGUGACAGUUAUCUUCUCACUCGAAUGAGCCAGACUUUCAAUGGCGUCAAUGAUCUGUUUUUUUUCGUCAUCCAAAAGUUUGGAUGGCGCAAGGUAUUCCUAGUUUUCGAGAUUACAGGAAGACCAAAACUAUCAAGUGAUAAAUUCUGCAAAGCCUUUAUUGAAGGUGUGACAGAAAAAAUAAUAAAGUACAGUUCCCACCAAAUGCCAGAAAAUCCAACGAGGGAACAAAUUAGAAAAUUAUUGAAAAACAAGAUUGGUUUCGAGUUUGGAGGCUUGGUUUUAGAUAUGACUUUGGGAUUGUUUUCUUCAGAAUUUGUCAGAGGGUCUGAUGGAUCUUUAUCAGGCAAUACAAUCCAAGUUGCAGUGACUUUGCCCAAAGCUACUUCUUUUUUGUGUAGCAUUUCCCGAGUGCGCCCAGCUAUUGAAUUAGCAAAAAGGCAGAUUGAGGAAAAACAUUUACUUAGAGGAAAGAAGCUUAAGUUUCUAUACUCAGACUCCGAGUGUAGUAGUGCAGUGGGACCCUUACAUGUGGUGACUUCUUACGUCCAAAAGGAUGUCCAGUUAUUUUUAGGUCCAGCCUGUGAUUAUGCUGCUGCCCCCGUUGUUCGCUGGCUCAAAUACUGGGACCUUCCACUGCUAACAUCAGGAGCUUUGGCUGGAGAUUAUGGUCACCAAAGAACAGACCCUAAUGCAGAAUACUACCUGCUAAUUCGCACUGGCCUAUCUUUUAACAGUGUAACGGAAUUUAUUCUAUCAACUUUUGCCAAGUACAGGUGGGAGAAAACAGCAUUAAUUUACCAGGCUUCUGGUCGUCCUGAUUUGACGAGUGACAAAUUUUGUUAUUUGUACACCACUGCUGUCGUAGCUGGCCUUCGAGCUCUAGACUUCACCUUCAACUUUGUUUUAGAAAAAUUACCAGAAAAAGCCUCCAGAAAUCACAUAAAAAACUCUUUAGAGGAAAAAGUUGGGACAGAUUUUGGAGUGAUCUUGAUGUGCUUAUCUCCUGAUACAAUUCGGGAAGUUCUACUGGCGGCAGAUGAGUUAAACAUGGUGGACAGUGGAGAGUAUGUGUUCUUCAGUAUGGAACUCUACGCUAGCAAAAAUGAAACUCUGUGGCCUUGGUAUCGGGAAUCAAAUACAGCGGAAGAGAACGAUCGUGCACGAAAGGCUUAUGAGGCUCUUCUCACCAUUACCUCGCCCAUUCCGGAAACACCCGAAUAUGAAAAGUUUUCCGAAGAUGUAAAACAAUUAGCGAAAACUGACGUUCAUUUUGAUUACGGCACAGAAGAGUUCAUCAUAGGAAUUUCAGGCAACGUCACCAUAGACAGUAACGGAGACCGAUAUGUCAAUUAUGCUUUGAUGGAUUUAAAUCCCGAAACAGGAACAUUCGAAGUCGUUGCGAAUUACGUUCAAGAAAGUAAACAAUUGGUGGAAGUCGAAGGGAAAAAAAUCCACUGGAGUGGUGGACGCCAGGUGCCGCCGCUAGACACUCCAGUCUGUGGAUACGACAGGUCAAAAUGCCCCGAAAAUAAGAUCCCACAAUACGUAAUCGUAAUAGCUGUGAUGAGCGGACUUAUGGUUGUCUUGGUGAUCAUCUCAUUCUUCAUUUACAGGCACUUUAAACUGGAAGCAGAUAUUGCCUCGAUGACGUGGAAAAUCAAAUACGAAGAGAUCCUAACAAGUUCUUCCUAUAAACGCCCUCUGGGGUCAAGAAUGAGCACAGUUCGGUCAAGUAUUCCUAGUUCCCACUCCACAGAAACUUUACCACUAGGGGAACAGUCUCGUCAAGUGUUCACAGUGACAGGAUUCUAUAAAGGAACAAUGGUUGCCAUCAAACCAAUUAAUAAAUUCAGAGUCGAAGUACACCGCCAGUUACUGCUGGAGCUAAAAAGGAUAAAAGAUCUUCAACAUGAUCAUUUGGUCCGAUUUAUAGGCGCGUGCGUUGACCCACCAUUCUGCUGUCUAGUGACAGAAUAUUGUCCAAGAGGAAGUCUUCAGGAUGUACUGGAGAAUGACCAGAUUCAGCUGGACUGGAUGUUUAGAUACUCACUGAUGCACGACUUGAUCAAAGGUAUGGCUUUUCUGCAUAGCACUGAAUUCCGUUCCCAUGGAAACCUUAAGUCUUCCAACUGUGUAGUGGACAGCAGAUUUGUUCUAAAAAUCACCGAUUUUGGACUUCACAGUCUCAGAACAUAUGAUGAGAAUGAAAACGAAAGCUCUUACGCCUAUUGGAGAAAAAGUUUAUGGACAGCGCCAGAACUUCUUCGCAAAGGUAAUUCACAACCGGAAGGAACACAGAAAGGUGACGUGUAUGGUUUCGCAAUCAUUGUGCACGAGAUUGUAAUACGACAAGGGCCUUUCUAUCUUGACACUCUCGACUUAAGUCCUAAAGAAAUUGUUGAAAACGUUAGAAGUGGGCACAAUCCACCGUUCCGACCAGUUAUCCAAGACGAAUCUUAUGAUGAAGAACUGGUCCAGAUGAUGAAAAGGUGCUGGGCAGAAGAUCCUGCAGAACGACCAGAUUUCCAUAGCCUAAAAGGCGUCAUUCGAAAAUUAAAUAGAAUUGAUAGUGGUUACUUAUGCGUCGUCGAUCUUCUAAACGAUUUGUACACGUGUUUUGAUUCCAUUAUCGAAAACUUUCAUGUGUAUAAGGUGGAAACGAUCGGCGAUGCAUACAUGGUAGUGUCAGGCCUUCCCGAACGAAACGGUAACAUCCAUGCUAGAGAAAUUGCAAGGAUGUCGCUGGCACUUUUAGAUGCUGUGAUGUCUUUUAGCAUUCGUCAUCGGCCACAGGAACAACUGAAACUUCGAAUAGGAAUUCAUUCUGGUUCAUGUGUUGCUGGAGUUGUAGGCUUAAAGAUGCCAAGAUACUGCCUAUUUGGAGAUACCGUCAAUACGGCAUCCCGCAUGGAAUCAACUGGGCUACCACUUAAGAUACACGUGAGUCCAACGACAAAGGAAGUGCUGGAUACAUUUGGAACAUUCAGUCUUGAACUUCGAGGAGAGGUUGAAAUGAAGGGAAAAGGAAGAUUAACAACUUACUGGCUGAUGGGAGAAAAACAUUCCUCGCUUCAAGAGUCUUCUUCUGCAGAUGGUGUCGUCAAACACACGAAGUUAUAA